AUGGAGUCCCAACGCUAUAGGCAGAGGGUUGGGGACUUCAAGGCGGAUGAUCGCGCACACGAGUUCAGAUCUGGUUUGGCGAUAGAGAAGCACUGCGCAUUAUUGUAUUCCCCGGCCAUAUUCAUCGAGGUCCGCAAAGAGAUCCUGAAGGGCCUUUUACACUGCUAUACUACCGGGGUCGAAGAAGUCGACGGGAGAAAGGUUUAUACUGUUACGCAUUUGGACAAGCGUUCCGAUGUCGUCAAUGAAUUCACGGUUAAAGUGGACCCAGUCGAGGACACUACAACAUGCUCAUGUAACCUUUGGCGCCGUAUUGGAUACCUUUGCAGGCAUAUAUUUUGCGUAUACCGGCAAACAAAGGUGGACGAAAUCCCGGCUAAGUAUGUGGUUAGUCGCUGGGGACGUCACGUGUUGCCGAAGUCGGUUUUCCGUGUAGAAUUCAGGUAUGGGGUAGACUUGUCUCCGGUUUCGUUGACCAGGAACACCCUAGUGGACUGCUUUUCUGAAGCGUUUGAGGCUGUGAUGGGCGACCGGGCAGCGAUGGAGGAUUUCGUUGAGAAAAUCAAAGGCUGGACAAAAGAAUUCAAUGAUGAUCGACGUGGUAAAAGAGUCGCCGAGGCAACAGAGUCACAGGUUAUGGCUGAUAUGCUAGGCGUGGUGGUGGAAGAUGAGGAGAGCACCCCCGUUUCCUGCUCCAAUACUCAAGGCGUACGCAAUAAGGGAUGCGGGACAAACAAACGCAUGAUUGGGCCGGGUGAGAGGGCAGUCCAGAACCGCCAAAAGCCCCAGCGAUUAUGCAGAACAUGCAACCGAUUUGUAACCGGGCAUGACUCCCGCAACUGCCCAGAGAAACGCAAGACUGCAGAACCUUAG